ACAGGUGUUAAGAUGUUAAAACAAUAAAACAGGUGUUAAGAUGUUAAAACACCAAACAGAAGCCUUUUGAAGACAGGUCCCAUGAUGAAAGUGAGGAUGAAGUGAGGUGAAAGGAACGAUGUGCAGACAAGAUAGAGAUGAGAGAGGUUAAUUGGCAAUUGUGUGUAUUACCUUAUCAUGGAUUUUAACUGAUAUUCGAUGCACCCUUAUUUUCUCACGAAUCUAAUGACGCCCGCUUUGGGAGGGGGGAUCCCUUAUCUCUUGGCGUCAGCGGCGGCUUGACGCCACAGUGAGGCUAUAAACAGAAAGAAAUUCGCUUUUUGCCAAUGUGCUGGUGGUGAUGUCAUUACCGCAUGCAUGUGUUCUCUCGCAGGCAAAAGAUUGAGAAGUGCUGUGACCCGCUGAAAAGCUUCGCUCUCACGCAGACGAAUUCUCCGGUGGGAAAGAAGAUCUGGUUUGACGGAGAGCUGUUCCAUUGGAUCACUGUGGACAACGACACCUUUGGUCUAUUCCCACCUCACCAGCCGCUGGGUCAGAAGCUUCUGAAGAGAUGCGCCAUCGUUGGGAACAGUGCCAUCAUGUUGGGCCACGGCUGUGGAAAAGACAUAGACGAGGCUGACGUCAUAUUCCGGUGCAACCUGCCCCCAAUUACAAAGCAGUAUGAGCCAGACAUUGGCACAAAGACACACCUAGUUACAGCCAACCCCAGCAUCAUUCAAAUGAGGUACCAAAACCUGCUGUGGUCGAGGAGGGCCUUCUCGGAGAGCAUGCUCGCCUACGGCCGCAGCUUCGUGUACAUGCCGGCCUUCUCGAUGCGCGCCGCCACCGAGUCGUCGCUGCGCGUCUACCACACGCUGCACGACUGCCACCAGAACCAGACCACCGUGUUCGCCAACCCCGGCUUCCUGCACAGCGCGGGCACCUUCUGGAUGGAUAACGGCGUGCGCGCGACGCGUCUCUCGACGGGCAUGUUCCUGGUGAGCGCCGCCCUCGGCAUGUGCGAGGACGUUCACCUCUACGGCUUCUGGCCCUUCAGCGAGGACCUGAGCGGCCGCGCCAUCAGCCACCACUACUACGAUGACGUGCCGCCCCUCUGGUACUACCACGCCAUGCCCGAGGAGUUCGAGCAGCUGUGGAUGCUCCACCAACGGGGCAUCCUGCGCAUGCACCUGGAGCAAUGUGACCCGUCCGAGUAACCGUCGCUCUCUCGUCACGCGAGUUUGUUUUUAUUUUGUUUGUUUGUCACAGCUCUCCGGACCCGCGUUGUGAGGUUUCUGCCACGUUCAGGCGAGUCGUGCCUCUGUGUAGGUUUUCGUCGAUGUGCUCGAUAGCUCUGCGAUCUGAAGAGUUUUUUUUUUGGGUUGCGUCUCGUUCGGGAUGCCACCUAUCCUGGUUUUCCCGAGGUUAAACUCACGUUGAGGUGGCUGCCCCAGUUUAUUUUUGUGUUCACGAAAUAUUUUCGGAUGCAAAAAGAAAACGUUCCACAAUAAUAAACCAAUUAACACAAUGUGUGUAUAUGUAGUGCUUUAACCCCUUGUUAGUAUCGACAGAUAUUCUUCCCAUGAUGUGUCCCGUGUUUUUAUUUGUACCUCAGAGGUGGCAGCCCUCUACCACGUGUCAUUCCCCGCGAUGUCUCCCAGCACGUGGAGCAAUACGUUGGGACGCUGUGCCAAACAGCACAGAGUACAACCCGAAAAAAACAUCGGAGAGAGAAGAGCAUAACCGCCAAUUACCUAUGCAGCCGUACUGCUGGGAUAUUGCGAGGGCCUGGUUGACGUGCUGCCAGUUGUUUCCACCCCUUUUCGCCUGAAUGUGGCAAAAAAAUGUGCCAAUGUCUCCGGUUACCUCUACCAUGGAGAAAAUUCGCCAAGGGUCCGUGGGGUUUUUUUUGCGAAUUCUUUCCCUGUCAAGGUGUAGUGAUUGGGGGGCCCUUCCCCGUCGCGUGUGGGUUUUUGGGGAUGGUUGUUUUUUUUUUUCUCUCGGUGUUUACCCAAUCAGGUGCUGAUAAGCGCCGUAGGCGUUCAUGAACGGAGUGAAUUUUCAUUCGGGUGACUAAAAGUCCUCGCAUGCUGUCGCGCGCUCGCCACUGAGCCAGUGCGCUGCCGACGUCCUCGAUUUCUCCCGGUAAUUUGCGUGUAAAAUGAUCUUCUUGCACCUGUCGGCUGCACAUCGGGUGUGUACAACAACAACAACA